GAUUGAGUUUCUGAAAAAACGAAUGAGAUCCAAAUAUGUGGUUUAUACAAAUAAGCACAAGAAAAAUAUCCCGAACUUACUUAGCACAUAUCUAAUAUCGAUACUACUAAUUUGGAUAACCGUCAAGUAGUGCUUUCUCUAAAAUAAAACUACGGAAAAACUAGAAACUCGCGUUACAGUGUAAAUAGAAACUUCUUUAAUCGGCAGAAUGAAUAAUUUAGCAUCGCUUAAAAACCCUCGAUCAGUUAUAAUCUCCCAUUUACAUCGCAUAUCGUUACGUAACUAUGUGCGAUGAUAUCGAUUUAAAUAUAGGUUUUCAAUAUGUGUACGGUGCGAAUCUAAUAAUUAUUCUUUGUUUGCUCGUUUUAUUUUUAUUCAAUUCCAACGGAAUAUUUAAUUCUAGAAGUUGAAGGAUUCCUGAAAGAAUAUUAUGGGGUAUUUCCGGGCUGCUUGAAAAAUUAAGUCCAUAAAAGAAGAGCGCGUUAUUUCUUUGAAAAUUUAUAACAAAACCAAAAUUGCGUUUUCACCCCUUCAGAAUCGGAAAAUUGAUUACUGACAUGCGAAUGAUGUGGAGAGUCUUGUUAUCGGUAUGAUGUUAUUUUUCCUAGCGGUACAUACUUUUAUAUUUUUAUAACGUUAUAUAGAUACUCAUAUCUAGGUGUACGUAUACCUAUGUCGAUUUUUUAUCCAACGCGUAAACAGCUCGAUUAUUUUACACAUCUACAGCACAACAUUCAACCCCUUCACUCAAAUGUUAACAUUUGCGUGUUAUACCCACGAGCUGUUUGUGAGAGAAUUCAGCAAAAGGCCCACGUGGAGCAGAGUGGAAAAAUGACUGUAACAAGGAGCGAUUAUAUGCGUCGUGUGGACGACCCCAUCAAAGGAAGUGGUACCCCAUGCAAGGGUGUGGGCUCUGGAUCAAGAAAAAUUUGGCCUUUGUUAAGCAGAAAAGUAAUUUCUUCAUCGAAACAAUGCAGACCUUACCGAAUUGGAUCGCAAUCAAGGUCUAGAUUUUUAUUGGGGACUUCUGCUGGGGUAAUCGAAAGACAGAAUGUACCCCAACAAUUGUGCCAGGAUCCGGAAAGUUUUCACUGCGCUAUAGGCAGAAUAUUGGCAGUAGCCCAGUGGUUUGGUUUACUUCCGGUUUUCGGUGUACUCUUACCUUCUUACAAAGGAUUAACAUUCCGAAAAAUAUCCUUCAGGACUUUUUACGCAAUUGUUUUAGCUGCUUCAAUGCUGUUUGUCACGUCUUCUUCCGUUAUUCACAUGAUCAGGUCAAUCUAUUCCAAAUCAUUCGACAUAAAAGGCGGUAUUGCGUCCGCUACAGCUGGUGUGAUUUUUUAUGGUAAUAGUGUUCUUGGGGCUUCUAUAUUUUUGUGGCUUGCACCGCGAUGGGGACCCCUUCAGCACGAAUGGCAGGCCAUGGAACAGCUCACGGACAGGUGGGGUCGCCCUCGGCUCAGGAUGAAAUUUUCUAUCCUAACCGGAAUCAUUUUGCUCUCUGCAAUGAUUGAACAUAUUUUGAGUAUGAUCAAUAACACGCCAAAUUAUCAUUGGGGAAAUUCGACAAAUGCAAGUUUCGAAAGUUACCUCGAUGAAUAUACUCACAAAUCUCACGCGUUUAUUCUCAGCACGUGGGACUAUAACAUAGUUCUUGGUAUAUUUCUCUUUACUAUCAGCAAAAUCGCAACAUUUACUUGGAACUUUACCGAUCUCUUCCUGAUGCUGGUGGCCACUGGUUUGGCGGAGAGAUUCAAAACUUUGAACAAACGGAUGACGUCGAGAAACGCCGCAAUGCCAACAAUAGGGGAAUGGAAAAUACUGAGGGAAAGUUAUGCGGCUUUAAGCGCGUUAGUUAAACGAGUUGAUAAUGACGUUUCUCCUAUCGUUUUGCUAUCUUUUGUCAAUAACCUUUACUUCAUCUGUCUUCAACUGUUGAAUGGACUGUCCAGACCGGAGGGAGAAGCGGUCUUGAGCACAGUUUACUUCUUCGGAUCCUUCAUAUUUCUUGUGGCAAGAACUAUCGGCGUUACUCUUUUGGCAUCGCGAAUUAACGACCAAAGUAGAAUAGCUCUGCCGAUACUUUAUACUUGCCCAGCAAAGACGUACUGCAUCGAGACACAGAGACUUGAACAUCAAUUAGCAACCGACGAUGUCGCGCUUUCUGGUUUACGGUUUUUUUUCAUAACCAGGAGCUUUUUGCUUGCGGUUGCUGGGGCUAUUGUCACUUACGAAGUCAUUCUUCUGCAGUUUAAUCUCGCAAUGAAUCAAGACGGUGAAUGAAAGUAUUUUGAUAAAAUGUAUUGGAAGAUACAGAAUAUAUCCCAUGUACGUACAUCAUAAGAACGAAAACUAAAACGUAACAUAACAGUGCAGUAGACUUGUAAAGAUAUUUUAAGUGUUUUGCUUUCAAAUCAUUUUUGACUCUCAUUGAUUACGUUUCAUGAUUAAUAUUAUUGUAAUUUUUAUAUCGGUGAUAGUUCGCUAACUUCAGUAUUUAAUCCUUAUUAGAUAUAGGCACAGAUAGCCAUUGAUACGCACGUAAUACAUCUAUGUUUUUCUCGAUAAU